UCACUGACCACAUAUAUGCAAUCUUUCAGAGCUCCUAUAAAUACACAGCCCGCUAGUCUAGAGUCAGCAAGUGGCGCAUCUGGGUUCAUCAGGAAUGGCUAACAAACUUACCAUCGCACUACUGCAACUUCCGGUGGGCGGCGAAGUGGCCUCAAAUGUGCGCCGGGCGGUGGACAGCGUGAGGAAACUGAAGGCGGACCAUCCCAAGCUGCAGCUGGCCAUUCUGCCGGAGAGCUUCAACGCCCCUUACGGCCAGGAGCACUUCCCCAAGUUCGCCGAGCAGGUGCCGUCGGGUCCUACCUGCCAGUCGCUGUCCAAGCUCGCCCGUGAGCUGGGCAUCUACAUAGUCGGCGGCAGCAUUGUGGAGCGCGAGGGCACCAAGCUGUACAACACUUGCACCGUGUGGGCGCCCAAUGGAAGUCUCAUCGGCAGACAUCGCAAGAUCCACCUCUUCACCAUGAGCAUUGAGCCCGCUAAUGCCGGCGGCGUGGAGUUCGAUGAGGCGGCUGUUCUCACGGCGGGAUCGGAGCCGACGGUGGUGCAGAUUGGGCAGCAGAAGGUCGGCAUUGGCAUAUGCCACGACAAGCGCUUCGAGGAGCUGGCCAGGAUCUACCGCAACAUGGGCUGCUCCAUGCUGGUCUACCCGUCCGCCUUCUGCAUCUGCCAGGGACCGAUGCACUGGGAGCUGCUGCAGCGAGCCCGGGCCACCGACAACCAGGUGUUCGUGGUCACCUGCUCGCCCGCCAGGGACAACAUGUCAGGCUACGUGGCCUACGGCCACUCGAUGGUCGUCAAUCCCUGGGCGCAGGUGCAACGCGAGGCUGGCGAGGGAUGUGAGUUCAUUGUCGAGGAAAUCGAUUUCGACAUGGUCGAGCAAGUGCGCCGCCAAAUCCCCAUCUUCAAGCAACGGCGCACUGAUGUAUACGCUACCACCAAAUUAAGUGAAUAAAGUAAAGAAAUCUUGAGAGCAGCGGGAGAGAAAUUCACUGAUAGGACUUGACAUGCUUAUCGCUUUGGAAGUACACAGAGCAAAGACAGCAGAUGAAUCAAAACAAGAGCACGAAUUGAGCAACGCACCGUGGUGUUGCAUAAAUUAUUGUCCAAAUAUUUCAUCAGCAUAACAUACUUUACAACUGUUGUAUUUUCAAUUGAGUAGAGAAUGAAACUGUAAGACCUUUUUUUAGGCUGGAAAUAACAUAUUUAGUUUAAUAAUUUAAUAAUUAAACUUGCGAGGUGGUACCUGUUAAAAUCAUAUGAGGAAUAAACAAGCAGCGCUGAUA